AUGAGCUCUUCGAUAGAUGCUCUUCCCAACGGGAACGGCCAUGCUGACGAGCAUGACCAUGUCCUCCGUCCUCGACCGCGCAAACCGAAGCAUUCACAGGUGGCCGAAGUUCUGCGCAUGUCAACGGCGGAGGACAGCGAGGGACAUCUCAUGCCGGAUAAUGUCAGCACAGGGACAGCCAGUGGAUUGACUAGGUAUGAACCAAAACUCGAGGAACCUGCUCCAGCUAAUCAUGACAGUGGCCGUUCUACGCCCGUCCCUGAAAAUGCGCCGCCGUCAGUCAAGGUUCUCUCUACCGCUCGAAAACAAGCUCGCGCAGAGCAACGCCGCCGAAUAUUUCCUACGAUUGAGUUCGCCUCGCGCGUCAGCCACUUCGACCCCGAAAGCGACUACCGAGACUUCCACGGCUUCUUCAACCUUUUCUGGAUUGGUCUUGCUAUUAUGGGCAUAACGUCCAUGCUACGCAACUUGAAGGAUACAGGGUUUCCUCUGAGAGUGCAGAUAUGGGGUCUUUUUACAGUCAAACUUUGGCAUCUUGCCAUUGCGGACUUCCUUAUGGUUGCGUCAACUGCUGUCAGUCUGCCUUUGAACCGCGCAGCUCGAAGUGCGAAGCCGGGUAGCUUCAUGGCUUGGAAUAGGGGAGGUAUUGCUAUUCAGAGCGUAUAUCAGGUUCUUUGGCUUUCGCUUUGGAUUGUUGUGCCCUUCUACUUCGAAUGGACAUGGACCUCGCAGGUGUUCUUCCUCCUGCACACCAUGGUGCUCUUGAUGAAGAUGCACUCGUAUGCUUUCUACAACGGACACUUGUCACAUACGGAGAAGCGACUCUAUGCUCUCGACAACCCCGAUUCACUACUCGACCGACGACCUGCCUACCAAUACCCUACCACCGACCUACCAGCUAGUGCCGCUGACGGAGAGCCUGCCAGCACCAGCGGCAAGAAGCGCCGUCGACAACGUAGCCGGAAGAGACGUCAACAAUCCAGGCGAAGAGGCGGCGACGACUCCAAGAGCAAUGACGAGGCGGAUGUUAACAGCAACUACCUGGCCCCGAGCCCUCCCGCCAGCGCCAGCAACAGUGCUGAUGAAGUCGACGAGUUGCGAGAGGACCUCGCCCUCGAACUUACGAGUCCCAUUGGCAACAUCACCUACCCGAAUAACCUCACCUGGUCCAACUACAUUGACUAUCUCUGCUGCCCGACACUCUGCUACGAAAUCGAAUAUCCUCGAACCACCCACAUAAACUGGAUCAACCUCAUCUCCAAGAUCAUUGCCACAUUUGGCUGCAUCUUCCUCUUAACCAUUAUUUCCGAAGACUUCAUCCUUCCUGUUCUCACAGAUGCCUCCCAGCGCCUCGAUGCUGUUCCCGCAGUAUCAUCCCUGUCCGAGAAGGCCCUCAUCCUCGCCGAGACCAUUUCUUGGUUACUCUUCCCCUUCAUGCUCACAUUCUUACUCGUUUUCCUUGUCAUUUUCGAAUACGUCCUCGGUGCAUUCGCCGAAAUCACCUACUUUGCCGACAGACAUUUCUACUCUGACUGGUGGAACUCAACCGACUGGAUGGAGUUCUCGCGGGAGUGGAACAUCCCCGUGUAUAGUUUUCUUAGACGUCACGUUUACAGCGCCUCUCGAGCUCGGAUUGGUAGAGGCGCUGCUACUGCAUUGACAUUCCUGAUUUCCGCUUUUGGCCAUGAAAUCGUUAUGGCUUGUAUCACCAAGAAGGUCCGCGGGUACGGCUUCAUUUGCCAGAUGUCUCAGCUACCCAUUGUCAUGCUCCAGCGCACAAGAUGGGUUCGUGGUAAGAAGACCUUGAACAACGUCUGUUUCUGGGCUUCAAUGGUUCUGGGUCUCAGCAUGAUCUGUGCUCUCUACGUUCUGGUGUAG